AUGAACAAGGACCACUUAUCAUAUCGUAUCACGCUUACAAACAUGAAGGUGCCUGUAUCUCCAAACUUUACAAUGAAACGUGGGGUUUUUAUUAGAGCAAUGUGCUCGGCUUGGCCAAGUGUACCUUGGGUGCAAGUUUCACGAUCAAGCUUGCCAAUCUCAGAUUUCGCAAUGUCACCACCAGCCAAACUGAUCCAGGGCAAUGGGCUCGGCUUGGCCAACAGCACCUUGUGUGAAAGUUUCACGUUCAAUGUCGCAACUAGCCCAAAAAUAUUUUUUGGUCGUCGUCGUCGAAGAGGUCGACCCCUUGAUCCAGUUUGGCUGGUAGCGACAUUGCGAAAUCUGGGAUCAGCAAGCUUGAUCGUGGAACUGGCACCCAAGGUGCAGUUGGCCAAGCCGAGCACAUUGCUCUAA